AUGGAAAGACAAGAAGUGGAUCUGCCAAAUGAAAAUCAGAUUUAUAUUACGGCAUAUCUUGAAUAUUCUAUUGGCAAAAAGACAGCAGACCAAGUUGCAAAAGAUUUGCACAUAGGUAGAAAAAAAUUAUUAUUAAAAUGGCAAGAACUUGGUUUAAAUCCAAAAAAGCUCGGAAGACCAGAAACUCCUCUUAGAACAGAUUUGUUACCAACCAUUCACGAAAUAAAAGCUAAGUACAAUCUAGGUUAUAAAAAAGUUUUAGAGAGUUACAUACAUGAUGACACAGUUUCAUUUCACGAUAUGCUUAAAUUAUACGAAAAAGAGAAUCUUUUCAAAUUUCGGCGAGAUCCAGAAAAAAUUGAUGAACAUCCAAAUCAGUAUGUUUCCCAAUACGUAAAUCAGCAAUGGCAUACUGAUUUAAAAAGCUUCAAAGAAGAGACAAAUGGUACCAAGCAUACUUAUCAUUUAAUUGCCUUUAUCGAUGACAGAUCUCGUUUUUGUAUUUAUUACGAAAUUCUUCCCGAUAAAACAAUGAAAUCAACUUCAAAAGCUUUACAAAAUGCUAUCGACUCUAUCAAAAUUAUUCCAUACGAACUUUUGACAGAUAAUGGAUGCGAAUUUACAGGAAAGGACUUCAAAAAC